ACUCCGCUUCCGAGGCUCGUGGAGGGAGGACGAUAAUCGGCGCUGCCUGGUGGUGCCUAUAGGAACCGGAUUGUGAUACCCGAAGGAAGGAAAGGAAGGAACGAAGGAAGGAAGGAAGGAAGGAAAGAGAGAGGGAUGCUACGGUGAUUUCCCCUCUUUUUUCUCUCCUGACACCAACCUCAUCAGUACUCUUCAUCAUCACUUUAACCUCAGAGCCUUGCCAAGACGCUCUCGUACUCUUUUUUUCUAUCCAUCACUGACAAGCGCUGGUUUCGUUGGUAUUUCUUCACUCUGCGCUCCAGCGGAUAAAAACACAGGAGAGGGGACAUUUAAGGGUUUGAGGAGCAAACGACUUGCCACUGCUUUGCUUUUUUUUAUGUGAAGCCCCCCUCUUCCCCAAGCGCAACCAAACAGAAACAAACUGGGGUUUCCAUUAGUGGAUGUGUUGGACAUCCGAGAAAAGAAGCAAUACUUGAGAGAAGUGAUCGUUUUCUGCUGGCUUGCAUGUAUUUGGAAAAUUUCCUUGGAGAGACGGGCUGCUGCGCGCGGAGUCUCUCACUUCCAAGGUGGAACUGUCUCACCGUGCAGAGGAGGAAUCUAUCAACACAUCCAACACCAGUAAUGAGCUAAAGGCCUCCGGCAAGAGGAGAGAGGGAGUGAAAGACCUGUGAGGGAGAAGAAGAAGAAGGCAGAAAAGUGGUAAUGAGUAUCCGCACCAACAGGCCCCAAUCUCAGCUCAUGAAGUAGGAAGUUCAUCAACAGCAUUUCAUUAGCAAAAAACAGGAUAUCACCUCAGUGGGAGCAGGGCUCCACUGAGAGGAAGCAGAGAGACGGGGGCAGAGUGAAGUGAAAGGUUGCCAAGGUUGGGCAAGAUGGCAAUGCUGACGAUGAAGAGACAGGGCCUUGGACCGCUAAGGGCCUUCCUGGUGUUGGUGGGAGUGUCGGCGCUCUGUAGUGUUGCAUUAGGAACCCGGAGAGGAAACGCUUCUUUGGAUCACAGGGGCCACAGGCACAGGCAUCCAGGUCAUUUGUCGCUGCACAGACACAGACACAGGGCAGGGAAGGAGGGACAGGUGCUCCACAGGUCCAAACGAGGAUGGGUUUGGAAUCAGUUCUUCGUCAUUGAGGAGUACACUGGACCUGACCCAGUGCUGGUGGGCAGGCUCCACUCAGACGUAGACUCGGGCAACGGCAACAUCAAGUAUAUCCUGUCUGGCGAAGGUGCAGGAACCAUCUUUGUUAUUGAUGACAAGACGGGCAACAUCCACGCCACAAAAACUCUUGAUCGGGAGGAGCAGGCGCAGUACACUUUAACAGCCCAGGCUGUGGAUAGAGACACUAACAAGCCUCUGGAGCCUCCAUCGGAGUUUAUAGUGAAGGUUCAAGACAUCAAUGAUAAUCCUCCUGAGUUUUUACACGGGCCGUACUACGCCAGGGUGCCUGAGAUGUCAAAUGUUGGUACAUCAGUGAUGCAGGUGACAGCUACAGAUGCCGAUGACCCCACCUAUGGUAACAGUGCCAGGCUGGUGUACAGCAUACUGCAAGGACAACCGUACUUCUCUGUGGAGCCACAGACAGGUAUAAUUCGUACAGCCCUGCCAAGCAUGGACCGAGAGGCACGCCAGGAUUAUGAUGUCGUCAUCCAGGCCAAAGACAUGGGUGGUCACAUGGGUGGGCUAUCGGGGACCACAGAGGUUAAAAUCACGCUGACAGAUGUGAACGAUAACCCUCCAAAGUUCCCGCAGAGUGUGUACCCAAUGUCUGUAUCAGAGGAUAAAGUGCCAGGAGAGGAGGUGGGCCGCCUCAAGGCCAAAGACCCGGACCUCGGGGACAACGGAAUGGUGUCGUACCGUUUGGUUGACGGAGAUGGGAUCAACAUGUUUGAACUGAGCACUGACUCCGAGACCAGAGAGGCUGUCAUCAAACUGAAAAAGCCUGUGGACUUUGAGACGAAAAGGUCAUACACUUUGAAGGUGGAGGGAUCCAACCCUCAUGUUGACCCUCAGUACCUCGCUUGGGGACCUUACAAGGAUGAAGCCACGAUAAAGAUAUCAGUGGAGGAUGCAGAUGAGCCUCCUGUGUUUGUAGCUCCUAGUUACACUUUUGAGGUAGAGGAGAAUGCGCCUGAAGGCACCCUGGUGGGACGGGUCCACGCCAAGGACACCGAUGUUGCCAACAAUCCUGUGAGGUAUAUGAUCCCACGGUACACAGACGUUGAGCAGUUCUUCAGCAUAAACUCAGACGACGGCAUGAUCAUCACAACAAGACCACUGGACAGAGAAACACAGGCCUGGCAUAAUAUAUCAGUGUCAGCCACAGAGAUCGGAGGCCAUCACCAAGACACCAAAGUGCGUGUUAACAUCAAAGUAAAAGAUGUGAAUGACAAUCCACCAGAGUUUGCAACAAACAGAGAGGUCUUCAUGUGCGAAUCUGUUUCUCCGGGGAAGAUCAUUGAAACAUUAAGCGCAGUGGACAAAGAUGAAAUGGCUGUCAGACAACACUUCACCUUCAGUCUUGCUCCAGAAGUUGUCCACAAUCAGAACUUCUCCGUGACAGACAACAGAGACAGCACAGCCAGCGUCUUUGUGAUGCGGAAAGGAUUCAGCCGUCUGACCCAGGAUGUCUACUACCUUCCAAUCGAGAUAAACGACAAUGGUUUCCCCGCCAUGAGCAGCACCAACACGUUAACCAUCAGAGUGUGCUCCUGUGACAGCAAAAACAGUGUCCUGUCCUGUAACGUGGAACCCUACGUCCUACCUGCUGGUCUCAGCACUGGGGCCUUGAUAGCUAUACUGGCCUGUAUUGUCAUCCUGCUGGCAAUUGUGGUGUUGUUUGUUGCACUGAGGCGUCAGAAGAAGGAGCCGUUGAUAGUGUUUGAGGAGGAGGACAUCAGGGAGAAUAUUAUCACUUAUGAUGAUGAGGGAGGGGGUGAGGAAGACACAGAGGCUUUCGACAUCGCAACUUUACAGAACCCAGACGGUGCAAACGGCUUCCUCCCAAGAAAGGACAUGAAACCAGAGCUUCAAUACCCCCUUAGACCCGGGAGCGGCCUACCUGCAGCCAACAGCGUCGACGUGGACGACUUCAUUAAGACUCGUAUUGCAGAGGCUGACAGCGACCCCACUGCACCCCCCUAUGACUCGAUUCAGAUCUACGGAUACGAAGGCAGAGGAUCGUUGGCCGGAUCGUUGAGUUCCCUCGAGUCGGUCACAACAGAGUCUGACUUGGAUUAUGACUAUCUGCAGAGUUGGGGGCCGAGGUUUAAGAAGCUGGCGGAUUUGUACGGGACCAAAGACUGCUCCAUAAACGAUGGGGAUGAUGGUGAGGACUCUUAACAGUGGUCUUAUUGAGUGGACGCCCCACCGGCUUCGGAUUUAUUGAUUCCAUGAGGAUUUGUUAACUGAGGGUUAACACUCCUCGAUACCUAAUUGUUACCAACUAGCACCUGAUCAGUUCAUGCCACUCUGUCAACGGACUUUAACAGCUCUCCUUCCUGUGGCGCCCCCUUCGUCCUCCAAGAUGAUUUGUUAAUGAACAUGUAAUGAACGCUUGGACUCGAACUGAACCCCCAGCUUUUUCCCAAAUCUCUCUUUCCCUCCUUUGUUCCUUCCCUCUCUCUUUCUACAGACUUGAGCAUUGCAGGGCUGGGAGAUUUGAUAUGUCACCAAUUUGAAGGCAAAUUGUUGGGAAAAAUUGUGUUGCUGUAUGAUCAAAAUGACUUGCUUAUAGCUAACUGUUUAGUUUCUUAGAGGUUCUAUAUACUUUGUGGACUGGAUUCACAUGCUUCCUCAAUGGUUCCUGAGAGAGUUUAUCCCCUUCAAAUGUUCCUGAUUGGGGUUUAUUUUCCUUAGCUGCUCUUUUUGUGGUGUUUUAAAAGACCCCCAGACGGAGAGGAAGAAAGAGAUGGAAGCGAAUUGAAAGAAAAAGUUAGUACAGGAGCAACUGUAUGGUGUUAAAAAGGCAAUGAAGAUGUUUCAGUAGGGUCAAAAAAGUUGAAGCUUUUUCAGAUUUGUUGUGUGUGCAAAGUUCAGCAGGUUCUGUGGUUUAGACAGCGUGACGGACUCUGGGUUGUUGAUACUUUGAAGGUGCUUGCAGCAUCUUCACAGUAUGGUGGCCUUAUAAUAAAUAAACAACAACUCCAGGGGUAAACACAACAAGUGUAAUGAUAGAGACCGCUAGCUUCAGUAGCUACACACAGAUUAAUAAACACACAAGGACUGAGUGCGUGUGUGCGCGCGUGUGUGAAGAUGCUACACAAAUAUCAUUUUUUAACUCGCAAGGAGAGACAGACUCAACAUGGAUCCAAUUUUGAAAAAGAAAAGUUGCCCUUUUUCCACACCCCCUGUGCCCACCCCCCUAACCCUUCCUCCAUUCCUCCCAUCAACAAUCACUUCCCAUAUCAAGUCCACCAAUGAAUGAUCACUUCCUCAUUCAGAGUCCACCAAUGAUGAUCAAUCACAAUGAGUAAAAAACCUGUGAGCUCUAAAAAUCGCCUUAAACUUAAUGGACACUCUUGCAACGCAGUGCAUUCUCUCUUUUAUUUUGUUGUUUUCUGUUUCCUUUUGUUUCUUUUUGUAACUUGAGAAGUAUAUUAAGAAAGCAAACUAUUCUCCAUGUUAGGUAUGUACAGAGCAAUGUGCAGACAUGUGAUAUAGGAUCCAACUUGCGCCUCGUGCACCCUUGAAAACUGGAUGUGCUGUGUCUGCGAGAGGUAAAUGUAGGCUGUGAAAAUGCACACUGUUUUUGUUUUCCUCAACAGCAGCUAUGUUGCCAGAAACAUCUGUUGUAUCAACACAUGUUGCUUUCUCAACAUAAAAUGUGCACACUGGAAAAUGAAACAUGGUGUGUUUUCUCAGUCACAUAUACAGAGAUGCCGACACCAGAACAUCCUUUUUGAGUGUGUGGGUUCUUGUUCAAUCUCUUUUCUAAUGUUAUUAUUAUAUUAUUAUGAUUAUUAUUGUUGUUUUUUUAUUAUUAUUACCAUUAUGACAAUUAUUGUUUUCUUGGCUGCAGCUACACAGGAGCAAAUUUGUAUCUAACUCUUGGCAGCUUAGAGUUGAUGUUCUUACGCUUGUCUAAACAUGGAUAGAGUAUGCUUUUUUCAUAUUUAGACAGCAGUAAGAAACGUGCUGCCAAAAGUUGAUUAUCAACUGCACUUUUCCGCCUGUGUGAACACAACCUCUCUCAUUUCUUUUGUUUCAGUUUCUUUCAUUUUCCAUUAUUUGGCGUUUCUUCGUUUUUUCUCCCUGUUCAAGAGGAAAACUAGCAAUCUGUGUUUGUUGCAGUGAGAGAACGCCUCGUUUUUAUUCUCUGUCAAGUUUUAUGGUACCGAUUUGUACAAUUUUAAAAGUUCUUAUUUUAGUAUACAUGCAGAAUAUUCCAGUAUUACAACAAAAAACAUGUUAAGAAGAUAAGAUUAAAAAAUGUUACAGCAUCACACUUAUAUUUUCUGAACAUUGUACUGUUGCUUUACUAUGUGCUUCAAUCUCCGAAGCGAAAAAAAAGAAAAAAAAGAAAAAAACCUUUGAAAUAAAUGCUCUUUUUAUAAAAUUA